AUGAGGCUGAUUCUGGUUAAACCCACCAAUGCAACACGGCGCCUUGACUCAACAGGUGAAGUCUUCCACGAAGGUGACCAUGAGCAUUGUACCUCAGGAUGCCCAUCCCCUCCCAUAAAGACCCCUGAGGGGAAGCAUGAUCCAUACAGAGGAACCUCAGUUGAGACACCUUUGACCCCACAGGAGAAAAGUCAGUGCUGUGUCUCAUCUUCACCCCAUGAAACAUGCAAUGGACUCGGCCCUCCAAGAGGUUCAGCCCAGAUGUCGCCACUCAAAACUCGAAACCUAACCUUAUCGCAGCUAAGCGAUGAGGACUGGCUGCUCCUUUGUGGCCAUGUUGGCAAUGCAGGAGAUGAUUCGCCCUCAGCAGAAAGAGCAGGCACCAGUGCGGGACAUCCAAACCACAAUGACAGAUGUGGAUGUCCCGGUCCUGAUGCCUCUAGUUUUCAGCCACAGUCAAAACAGGAGACGGUCCAAGACUGCCUUCCCAGGGUAACAGCUAAGAGAAGCCUUUUAUGUUCACCACAUGUUCAGCCUUUCUCUCCCAGCAGCCACAUUUCAACUACUUGCCAGGUUUUACCACAGCAAACAAACCAAAGUGAGCUUUUGAAUCCUGCAACAAACCGUCUCAAAUAUCAUUUCAUGCCUCAGUGCACUAACCAAGAAGGUCGAAAAGACCAGCCCUGCAAUCAUUAUAAACUGAAAGACAGCAGCCAAGCAACAAAUUUGUUCAACAUUCCUCUAGACUCAGUCGAGUGUAAACAAAAACUCCAAAAGCAGCCUCAUCCUGCUGCUGGUGCAGAUGUCAACUGGAGAGACCUUUUCGGUAAAGAGCCGCUGUUAGUUCAGCAACAGCGAAAGCAAGAGUCCCACUGCCCGAUCGCAGGCGAUCAAACAUCUGGAGAUCCGUCCACCAUCUUCAAGUGCCACCACCUCCCUCACGACCCCCUGACAAGCCAGAUAAAAAGAUCGUCUACACCAGUCGGCAACAAAAGUGUCACAUCUUUCUCCAUCAGUCAGUAUAGUUCCCUAGAGAUUCAAGAUUUAAUGGAUGAGAAAACAAGACAGCGACAAAGUCAGGUGCAUGGGUCUAAAGUCUCCCUUCCUAAACACACUCCUCCGCCUCCCGAAGCCUUACAAAGCAGUGGCAUACUUAACGGGGAUGCAGUCCGACCCCUGAGCAGCCACGGCACUUUGAGAUCUAGUUUUUCAGAUCUUCCUUCAGGCCAGCAGCCAAUCCAGCUUCUUCACAGUGCCAUCCUGGAGGACGCCUUUUCCAAAGUCAUCCGAGAAGACUCCAGUAAGACCAACGGUGAGGAAGGUAGCACACCACCGAAGAAGACCAAGGACAUCAGCUACAGGCUGGGUCAGAGGAGAGCUCUGUUUGGGAAGCGCAAACAACUGAGCGACUACGCCUUGGUCUGUGGGAUGUUUGGCAUUAUUGUCAUGGUCAUCGAGACGGAGCUGUCAAGGGGAUUUUACACCAAGGAAUCCAUGUAUUCAUAUGUUCUAAAAGGCCUGAUCAGCCUUUCUACUGUUAUUCUGCUGGGACUCAUUGUGAUGUACCAUGCAAGGGAAAUCCAGCUCUUCAUGGUGGACAACGGGGCAGACGAUUGGAGGAUAGCAAUGACUUUUGAGCGACUUGUCUUCAUCGUGUUGGAGCUCCUCAUCUGUGCCAUUCAUCCAAUCCCAGGGAAAUACGUGUUCACCUGGAUGACUCGACUGGCCUUCAGCUAUGCAGCAUCAGUGGCGUACGCCGACGUAGACAUCAUCCUCUCUGUGCCGAUGUUCCUUCGCCUCUACCUGAUUGGCCGGGUCAUGCUGCUCCACAGCAAGCUGUUCACAGACGCUUCCUCUCGCAGCAUCGGUGCGCUCAAUAAGAUCAACUUUGACACUCGUUUUGUCAUGAAGACCCUAAUGACCAUCUGCCCUGGCACAGUGCUGCUAGUCUUCAGUGUGUCCUGUUGGAUCAUUGCUGCGUGGACAGUGCGUGUUUGUGAAAGGUAUCACGAUGCACAGGAAGUAACCAGCACUUUCCUUGGAGCAAUGUGGCUCAUCUCCAUUACCUUCCUGUCCAUCGGCUAUGGGGACAUGGUCCCUCACACCUACUGUGGAAAAGGGGUUUGCCUGUUAACUGGAAUUAUGGGAGCAGGUUGUACAGCCUUAGUCGUGGCCGUUGUCGCAAGAAAAUCAGAACUCACCAGAGCUGAGAAACAUGUCCACAACUUUAUGAUGGAUACCCAAAUCUACAAAAAGAUUAAGAACACAGCAGCAAAUGUGUUGAGAGAGACAUGGCUCAUUUACAAAAACACAAAGCUGGUCAAGAAGAUUGACCAUGCCAGAGUACGCCACCAUCAGCGUAAAUUCUUGCAAGCCAUCCACCAACUGCGACGAGUGAAAAUGGAGCAAAGGAAAUUAACUGACCAGGCCAAUACAGUUGCUGAUCUUGCAAAGACUCAGAACAUGAUGUACGAUCUGGUAUCAGAGCUGCAGCAUCGAAGUGGUGAGCUGGACAGUAGGAUUGUGGCUCUGGAAGAGAAGCUGGACUCCAUCCUUCAAUGUGUGCAGUCGCUGCCCGUUGUGCUUUCUCAAGCAAUAGCAAAGUUACAAAAGGAUUUCCUGGAUGACUUGGCUUGCCGUGUACACUUCCUAUCAUCCUCCCUGAGCUCUGAGUGCUGCUCAGUGCCGGCCAGGCAGCUUUGUCCAGGAUCCACUGCACCGGAGACACCAUACAACUGA